GGAAAAAAACUCUAAUAAACAAUGUUGUGUGAAGUGAAAUUAUUUCUACUUGAAUAGCAUUAUUAAAUAUUUUUCAGGAUUAAAUAUUUUUCAAGAAGUCAAUAUUUUGGACAAAUAGCCUUUGUUAUUUACGCAUCAUUACAACUUGAAACAUCCUAAAAAUCAAGCUAUUAGGGUAAAAAAAAAUUAUAAAAUCUAGAAAGAAGUCAACGCACUCUAAGAUGACGUCAUCGUCCACGUCAUCAUCCAGCUCGUCUUUCCUUUUCUCUUGGAGCUUCCACAGUUUAUAAGUACUUAAAGCUCUCAAGCCAUUCAGCUUCAGUGUCUUCGCCUUCUUCCAAAAAUCCUCUCUCCAAAACUAAGCUAUUCGCAUUAUUAUCUUCACGCGCCAUGUACGGUCACGGUAACUCCACAUUCCCACGCGCCGACUUUGUCCUCGGACACCAUCCUUCGUCUCCCGACGGUCCUGCUCCAUCGGCUUUCCUGUCUGUGUCAGGUCAGUUCCCGUCGCCAGCUCACUUAAUCAUCCCGGACCAAUUGGCUGCAUACGAGAUGGCCGGUAGCAGUACUACUAGUGGGUGCAGUAGCUACGGUUCGCCGAGUUCGCUGGCGAGUUGUGGAACGACUCAGCAACCCAGUUUGAUUCAGAGGAGUAUUAGUAGCCAUUCCCUUCAAAAGAAUGGGUAUCAUUGUCAUUUCACAUGCCCCCAGGAUUUUCUGGACUUGGACACCAGCCAUGUGAGAAGGGUUUUUAGCACUGGUGAUUUGCAGCAUGGACACAAGGCAGACAGUCCAUUAUCAAGUGAGAGCAGUGUGAUAAUUGAGAGUAUGAGCAAAGCAUGCAAAUACAGUCCAGAGGAGAAGAAAGAGAGGAUUGAAAAGUACAGAAGCAAGAGGACACAGAGGAACUUCAACAAAAAGAUUAAGUAUGCUUGUCGGAAAACACUGGCAGACAGCCGGCCACGCAUCAGAGGGAGGUUUGCAAGGAACGAUGAAAUCUUAAAGAGUGUUCAAGCUCAAUGGAGCAAUAUAAGUGGGGAAGAAGAUGAGGACUAUGAUGAUAAUUGGAUUGAUUUUCUCGAUGCUUUUUCAGCAAAUUCAAUUCCUUAAUUAAUCUUGAAAAGGGGCUGGCUAGGCUAGCUAGCUAUCUAGCUAGCUGCAGCUCCCUGCAGUUCUAGUUUAAUGUAUUUGUGAUUCUACCUAUUUAUCUAGGUUGCUUGUUUCUCAUUAUUAUUAUUAUGCAAUUUGACAUGUUCUUUAGCUUCAAGUAGGGCAUGUAAAUAUACUUUGUUUGAUUUUAAUUCUAAUAGAUCGUUUGAUUA